AUGUCAAAAGACGACUUUGAAUUGUAUAGGUACACACCGAACCUAGGCGCUGCCAUCCUUUUCACGAUACUCUUUGCAUUAGCGGGGGCAUUGUUUACCUACUUGCUGGUUCACUAUUCUGUCAAGAGCAAGAGAGCAACUGCAUCAGAGAUGAGAUCUCAGCCUACGUUACGGUGUUAUGGAAUGGUCAAGUUGGCCGGUGCUUAUGUUCCCUUUGUAGUUGGGUGUGGUAUAGAAUUUGCGGGGUUCGCCCUUAGAUGCAGGUCCUCUAAGCACACCAUGGAGUUGAAUCCAUAUAUCAUUCAAACGGUUUUCUUACUGGUGUCGCCAACGCUGUACGCUGCUACUUUUUAUAUGAUUUUUGGUAGAAUGGCCACCUUAUUGUUCGCAGAAAACUUGAUGAUCAUGCCCGCUAAAUUCAACACUACGAUUUUUGUCAUCGGUGAUGUGGGGAGUCUUUUGUUACAAGCGGCUGGUGGUGCCAUGAUGUCUAGUGCAUCAACCGCUAGUUCUGGUUCUCAUAUCGUUACUGCUGGUUUGUUCAUUCAAAUUGCGUUUUUUGGUUUGUUCAUUAUAAAUGAAUUCUUAUUCAUUUACAAAAUUUCUAAGAAACCAACCAGUAUAUCAGUUAGAUGCAACACCUGGAAAAGCUUGAACAUCACCCUAUUGGUAAACAGUUUUCUGAUAUUAAUCAGAUCAAUCGUCAGAGCUGUGGAAUUUAUUGAAGGUUACGACGGCGUAAUUGCCUCGCAUGAAUGGUUUCUUUAUGUUUUUGACGCAUUACCUAUGUUUUUACUCGUAAUAGCUUUUGCUGCAGUCUUCCCAUGGACUAAUAUUUUUAGGAUACAGGAGGAGUCUAUUCAAGCGCAACAAUCUACAAAAUUUGAUAGUGAGGCUUAUCCUAAUGUAGAUGGGGUUUCCAUUGAAGAUGGGUACACUUCCAAAGAGUAA